AUGGCACUCCCACCUGAGAAUGAGAAACAACCAGCCUCAGGCCCUAGCCAUGAGAUUCGCCAACUGUCCGUCUCUUCAUCAUCCUCUGACGAAACUGCGGCAGAGGGCCGAGAGUCCAAAUCCAGUACGGGAGGCGGAAGGUAUCAUUCACGACCUUCCCGUCUAGACGACAUCGAGGAUGUAGACGACACGGCUCUUGGCCGCCUCGCUUCCAACCCAACCCGGGUGAGAACUCGCUCCCGCUCCAGAUCAAACCUCCCACCACCACCGGACGGAGGUCUCCAGGCCUGGCUCCAAGUCGUCGCGGGGUGGCUUGUCAUCUUCGCCACAUGGGGCUAUCUCAACUCCUUCGGUGCGUUCCAGUCCUACUACACCUCCGGCGGUCUCCCAUCAGCCUCCCCGUCCACUAUCUCCUGGAUCGGCUCUCUCCAGGGCUUCCUCACCACAGCCCUGGGAACCUUCAGUGGCCGUCUCCUCGAUGCUGGCUUCUUCCGCCCUACCUUCGCCAUUGGUGCUGCUCUGCAGCUGGCCGGCAUCUUCGCCAUGAGCGCCUCCGAUCAUCCACAAUACUGGCAACUGGUCAUAACGCAGGGGAUCCUCACGGGCAUCGGCGGCGGCAUCCUCUUCACCCCUACUCUCGGGCUGGUCGCUACGUGGUUUGGACGUCGCCGCGGGUUCGCGAUCGGCCUGGCUACCUUGGGCAACUCCACCGGCGGCAUCCUAUAUCCCGUCAUAGUGAGGCAGUUGCUUCCCAAGAUUGGCUUCGGCUGGACCGCGAGGGUGCUCGGUCUGGUGAAUAUGGUCUGUUAUGUUAUUGCCUUCUUAUUGAUGAGAUCGCGACUCCCUCCCCGCCGAUCCGGAGCUCUGGUCGAUUGGAGUGCCUUCAAAGAGCCGGUCUAUGUUCUCUACAUCGUCGGCAUGUUUCUUUUCGUCUGGGCGAGCUAUUAUCUGUUUUACUAUGUGAGUUUCCACUGUGAUUUUCUUUUCUUAUCCGCGUUGAAACCUAGGGCUUUCAGUAUCAUCUCCUCUAUUACUGGUCAUGUCCUCGGCCUCUCCUACAGCGAAGCCUCCUUCCUCAUCAUGGUCAUCAACGGCGCCGGCCUCCCCGCCCGCGUCCUCAUGCCCAUGCUCGCCGACAAGAUCGGCGCCCUCAACGUCAUCACCAUGUGCACCCUCUCCAUCUCCGUCAUCGUCUUCUGCUGGUUCGCCGUGAGCAGCGUCCCCGGCUUCUACGUCUUCACGGCCUUCUGCGGCCUCGUCUCGGGGGCCACGCAGAGCCUCAUGCCCACCACCAUCGCCAGCAUCACGAAGCGGCUGGACACGGUGGGCACGAGGAUGGGCAUGUGCUUCAGCAUCAUCUCGUUUGCGUCGCUGACGGGGCCGCCGAUCGGUGGCGCGCUCCAGUCUGCGAUGAAGGGGUCGUUCACGGGCGCGCAGGUGUGGGCUGCGGUGUCGACUUUGGGUGCUGGCUUGUGUCUCUUGGGGGCUAGGUUUUACCAAGCUCAGGGGAAGAUCAAGGUCAAGUGUUAA